AUGUCUCAAGAAUCUCUUGCUUUGGCGGCAUUAGAAGAAAAGGCAAGCCAAGACAUUGAAAAUAAAGCAGACGCUCAGGAUUGUAUUUUGUGGUACAAUCGGGUUCUUGGUCUUCAGAUUGAGGGAGGACAUGGAGUCAGAUUCAAUUUCACUGAUAUUAAUCCACAAAAUCCAAAAGAAGAGUAUUUUUUCACAGUUCGCCAUGCAAAUGAUACCUAUACCUUAUUGGAUUGUGCUCCCCACGUAAAUGAUAUCAAAGAACUGAUUCAAGAAUUAAAUGGUACCAAUGGCUUAUUCAGAUUUGUAAGGAUCAUGAGAGAGAAGUUUCAGGAAGUUGCAGAACAUGGUAUACAACCCCAAACAAGAACUACUCAGCAAGACGUUUCAACAAUCUCUCUUUCUGCUCCAGUGUUGUCAGUUUCUUCUGACAAAAGUACAUCUCCAGCUGAAAGAAGUGAGUGUCAGAUUCCAUGUGAACCAAAUAAGCAACUUAAGAUAGUCAACCGUGGAAGAGGAGCAACAUCGGCAAUUUUAUCUCCUGGAUCUAUAUCAUCUCUUCAACAAUCCCCUCGUUUUAAGCUGGACAUAUUUGAUCCCACUAAGAGUUGACACAGGUGGUGCAAGAAUCUGAGUUGUGUAUAUGUUUGGAAACUAAGCAAAAACUGAUUGGAAGAUGUAAACCCCACUUAGAUGUGACAUGAGAAUGAAGUAACAUUGGAUGACAUGUAAAGGUGAUAACCCCAAGAUUCUGCGUUGUUGAACGUUAGUGCUUUUGGUUGUAUUGAUCUCUUCCUUCCUUGCUGUGUGCAGGCGAUGAAUAUUUAUAUAUUGAUCUAUUACUUUCUUGCACUCAGUUGAUGAAUAUUUAUGUGCAUAAUUUUUAAAGUUCUUGAAAAUGGCUGUUCAUUUCUUGAA